AUGGAGGAAGGCGCUGUUGCUCGGCGGCUGUUGGACCUGCGGGAGCUGCGGGUGGCGGCGGUGGCCCAACUCGAUCUCCUCGACGCGCGGGCGGCGGCGGCGGAGCGGCGACUUGAGGCGGCGGCCGCUGAAAUCAUCGCAGCGCUGCGGGCACGAGAGGCGGAACUUCACGCGGCGCUGCGGGACGACUGCGAGGGGCGGCGGGCACAACUUCGACGCGUCAUUGCAGAGAUAGACGACUGUACACAAAGACUCUGCCAGAGGAACAGCAGGAAUCAUGAUAACGAUAAUGAAUAUGAACAAGAGGAGGAUUAUUAUAAUAAUGAUGAUAAUGAUAUUAAUAUGAAAUCACGAGAGGCAUGGUUGCGAGAGUCUGCCUUCUUUGAUGUACCGCGGCCAGUGUGCUAUACAGUGACAUCGCGGCCUAUAAUGGCAGAGCGACACCUUACAUUACUGCAGGAACCCGCCCCAUCGUUUAUUCCCUCCGCCCUCACCGUCCCUAUUACAGAUAACAGUGUUUAUCUCCCACUCCAUUCAGAAACAACAACAACAAUAAUAAAAACAACAAAAGCGGAUAAAAUAGUAGGAUCGUGUAUGGUGUUACAAGAUGGUAUGUUACAUUAUAUUGCGACUUCAGGAGGAACCAAACCAUUUUGGAAUCCCAUAGAAAGUGAUGCGAUUCGUGUACAUUGUAAUGCUCCCAUUGUUCUUGGACGUCUUUCCUCUCUUUGUACUGCCGUAGAUGCCUCCCGUACUAGUACAACUGUCUUACAACAACAAUGUUUUCGUACAGCUUCAUUUGAAAAGGCUCGAAUAGAAUUUGAUUUUGGUGAUCGACGUUGGGUAGAUUGUACAGCUUAUGCCCUUCGCCAUGGUCAUGCAUCUGAACACGCCGCCCUACGUUCAUGGCGUUUACUUGGAAGUCGUGAUAAGAGUCACUGGGUAGUAUUGGAUGAACAACGACGUAAUAAUACUUUAGGUGCUUCUCCUUUUAAUGUUGGCACUUUUAACAUCGAUCGAGAAUGUGUGUUUGAUCAAGCACGAGUUAUUUGGCACUGUGGUACUGCUGAUACUGCCUUUUGUGCUUUUCGAUAUUUGGCACUGGAGCUUACGGGUCCAGAUGCCGUUGGGGAACAUCAUAUUGAAUUAUCCGGGAUGGAAUUUUAUGGUGCUCUAGUCAAUACUGUCAUGGAUUAUAAAUCUGGAUAA